CCAGGAAUGCAAUAUUUGGCAUGUGCGUUAGACUGGGAGACCUUGCAUCCUUCUCUCCACACCCUCGGACCCCCAGCAACAGGCGUGAAAUGGCGAGGUGGGGGCCGGAGAGAGCAAGGAAGGCGACAACCUGGAGGAAAAAAAAUGCUAUUCCACCAACGCCCUCCUUGGCUGCGUUGAAAAGGAGGCAGCGGUGACAUCACCGCGCUCGCCAACUCUCCCCCCCCCCCUCGCCUCAGUUUCCGCCUUCCAGUUGGAGGCGUGUCACCAGGCCGCAGGUGAGCCGGCGUUCCAGACACGGAGGCGGCGGGGGCGUGGAAUUCCCCCUGCGUGGCGCGCGCACGUGACCUCCGCGGGGCCAGUGUUGUUGUUGUGCUCCGUCAGCUACAAGCCCGCGCAGCCUGCAAGAGGAAGACGCGGAGCCCUCGGCGCAGCCGCAAGACAAGAGCAAGGCUUCUGUGACUAGAUUUUAACAACAUACCAGAAGAAUCCAAGCCAAUAUUUAAGAAUUAUUUAAGAAGUGUGUGUACUCCAGCUGCUUAGAGGAUUCUAUUUAUUGUCACAGGUCACUUUAUAUGACCAAAUGGUGAAGUUAAUUUGCACCUUGACAGAUCAUAGUGAUGAUGUCAACUACUGUGCCUUCUCUUCUUCUUACUUGGCUACAUGUUCCCUGGAUAAAUCUAUCCGUCUGUAUUCUUUAAGCAGUUUUGAUGAACUUCCUUACUCACCACUAAGAGGCCACACAUAUGCUGUUCACUGCUGCUGCUUCUCUCCUUUUGGAAACCUUUUAGCUUCAUGUUCUACGGAUGGCAACACAGUUCUGUGGGAAACUCAAAAUGGACUGAAACUGGCAGUGCUGGAGCACCCCUGUAGGCAUCCUGUAAGAAUUUGUCGAUUUUCCCCUAAUUCCACGUACUUGGUUUCAGGAGCUGCUGAUGGAAGUGUAAAUCUUUGGAAUGUUCAGUCUUUUAAAGUAUACCGAUCUGGCAGUAUUAAAGAUGGCUCUUUGGUAGCCUGUGCAUUUGCUCCUGAUGCAAGUUUCUUUGUGACUGGAUCAUCAUGUGGAGAUUUAACUGUUUGGGAUGAGACAAUGAAGUGCUUGUAUAAUGAGAAAGCUCAUGAUCUUGGAGUCACCUGCUGUGACUUUUCUUCAAAGCUGGCUUCUGGUAAUAAGCAAGAUGUUAACUAUUUCCUAAUGGCAUCUUCUGGCCAGGACAGCACAAUUAAGAUAUGGCUUAUUUCACUUGCUGAUCAUACAGGCCUUGAACUGAAAUGUAAAUAUACGUUAAAAGGACACACUGCCCCAGUUCUGGCUUGUGCAUUUUCCUGUGAUGGACAGAUUUUAGUCUCUGGAUCUGUGGACAAAACAGUAAUGAUUUUUGAAACUAACACUGGGAACAUCUUACACAUUUUGACUCAGCAUACCAGAUAUGUUACAACUUGUGCCUUUGCACCAGAUAUGCCACUAUUUGCUACGGGGUCAAUGGAUAAAUCUGUGAACAUCUGGCAGUUUGAACCAAAGCAACAUCUGAAAGAAAGGUCAGCAAUAGAGGAGCCAAAGAUAUUUGCAGAGAGCUGGUCAGAAGAAGAGGUUUCAUCUUGGCUAUGCACACAUGGCUUACAAGACGUAGUUGAGAUUUUCAAAAGGAACAACAUUGAUGGGAAAGAACUUCUUAAUCUUACAAAAGAGAGCUUGGCUGAUGAUUUAAAAAUUGAAUCGCUAGGUCUUCGCAGUAAAGUAUUGCGUAACAUUGAGGAGCUGAGGACUGAAAUGAAAACUGCCUGUUUGGGUAUCCCUGAUGAAUUCCUAUGUCCCAUAACAAGGGAGCUUAUGAGAGAGCCAGUCAUUGCUGCAGAUGGCUAUUCCUAUGAGAAGGAAGCAAUGGAAAAGUGGAUCACUGAAAAAAGGCAUUCCAGUCCCAUGACAAAUCUCCCUCUUCAGAGACUUAUACUUACCCCAAACAGAACUUUGAAAAUGGCUAUCAAUCGCUGGUUGGAAACUCAGCCAAAAUAUAAUGAAAAACAGUCUCCCUAAACAGUAUGAUUCUUCUUUCAAAUAAGUGGGAAUGAAGCUGAAGGUAGGUGAAUACAACAGUAAACAUCUUUGUGCUGUGGUCUCUCACUGUACCUCUGUAUAAAUUCAGCCCCUUGAUUGAAUCUGAUCAGAAUUCAAAUUGCUACCUAACAUGAUUUAUACUUGCAUCUAUAAGUUAUGUUUUUUAUGUUAAGCAUGAUCAAGUUAAAGUUGAAAUUUUAUGUAUUUAUGUAGUAACUUCUAUUGAUACUUAAUGACAUGCAUGUGGGACAUCCACAUGCACAGCAUUGCGUGUCCCAUUAAUUUCAGUAGGAGAGCCAAGCGUAUGCUGGAUUAUGUUCAAUAAUAAAUUAAAUAUAAUUUAGAAAUUAUGCUGCUGCAACAAUUAUUUCAUUUUGGGGCCUAAUGAGAAUUAUUGGAAGAAAUCAUUUUUAAAAUGACCUUUCAUAGGCUCUUGUCUAUAUCAUUUAAAAAUAUGUAAAGAACUUUGUCCACAAAAGUUUAAUUUUGGAGCAUACAGCUAAGUAUACUGAGCACUGUAGGGCUUAGUAUAAAGGAUGAAACGGCUGAAGAGUUUGCAUGCCCUGAUUAGAUGUGGCAUGGGUACUGGUCAGCAGUGAAUGGCAGGAUCACUUUGGCUAGGAGCCAACAUUGACAUCAUGCUUCCUUAAUUAGCAGUUGACUAUUAUAUUCAGUGAAGCAUGGUCCAAGAACUAAAUGGCAAACUUCUCAAACUAAGGCUAAUUAAAUAAGCACAUCAUCUUCAGUGCUAUUUUGUACAAUUCUGAUGUUCAUAAAUACUCCAAGGGGCUUGAAGAUGCAGCCAUGUGUAUGUAGUAGGUACCCAGUGAGGACUUCUGGAGAGCCAGCAUUGUUAACAGUAGUAUUUGGACAUGUCAAUAACUUUUUAUGAUAUACCUUUGGUGCAGAGGGGUACCCAUAGAAUAAGGGUGUAUAGGUCUUCAGAUGCUGUUGCACUCCAACUCCCAUGAUCCUUGACUGUUUAGCCAUGCUGACUGUAGAUGAUGGAACAUUUGGAGGGUCAGGUGGUUUCCUACCAAAACCUUAUUGAAGUUGCAUUAGUGAUGACUGACUGGCACAACAGCAGGAGAAGGUAGAUCAGUGAACGGGUAUGUAUACUACCCAACCAGAAAUUAUAUUAAUAGUCUUUUAUUUCAUAUGGGAAAAUACAGUAGCUGUGCAAAAAAAUAGAUCUACAGAACAAGAGAAUAAAAUAAGAUUGUACAAAUACCAAGAUAAACAAUAAAUAAGCUAGAGUAGAGAAUAACAAUUCAUUUUUUAAAUUGCGAGUUUUUUAAAAAAUCACCCAAGAAUGCUGUUAUAAUGUACCUACAUACUGUACACAUGGAAAUCACUGUUAAAGGGCAACAGAAUACUCCAAGCUUGUAUAACUCCAACCUCACAGGAAUGUCCUUACAAACUACCCAUCUUGAAAACAUCCUUGAAAUUGAAAAGAAAGCUUUUCCACUGUGAAACACUGAGGAAAGUAUUAGAUGUUGUUCCUAUAAAGUAAAUGCACAUGCUUAUACUCCUCAGACAUUUGUUGAGUGUUCUGUAAAAACGCUAGCAAAGCUUGUAUUCCUCUUUAUCCUCCAUCUUGUACUGACAUAGCACCUCAAAAGGUGUUUGAAUAAACUAUGUAAAGUGCUGUUA